AUGGAUCCGGCCGGCUCUAGAUCAGAUGCUGCUGAUGAAGGGACCGCUUUUCCAGACCGUCGUCCUCGUGACAAUGAGAGAAGAUGGCAGCAAGAGCGUCUCCGCAGAGAAGAAGCUUAUUACCAGUUUAUGAAUGAACUCGGUGAUGAAGAUUACCGGCUAAUGAGAGACCAUAAUCUGUUAGGCACCCCUGGAGAAAUAACAUCAGAAGAGCUUCAACAGCGGCUAGACGGUGUCAGGGAACAACUAGCAUCUCAGCCCGACUUGAGAAACCAGGGACAUGAGACAGUCUCCCAAGACUCUGAAGUCCACCAAGAAAGUUCAAAUGAGGACUCUCUGUUCGAAUGGUUAAACACAUUUCGCCGUAACAGAAAUGCUACUCGCAGUGGACAGAAUGGGAACCAGACUUGGAGAGCUGUGAGUCGAACAAACCCAAAUAGCGGAGAGUUUCGCUUCAGUCUGGAAAUCCAUGUAAAUCAAGAGAAUAGAGGGUUAGAGACUGCCAGCGAAGCAGAUCCAGGCCCCCCACUCCAGGACAUUAACAGAGAUCUGGCGAGUAGCGGGCCUCCCAGAUCAGGUAGCCCUGUGGCCAGCCGGACAAGAAGCCGAAGCUCACCAAGUCUCAGAGGGAGUCGUUCUAGUGUGCCGAGGACUCGGCGUGCUGCAGGAGAGCAGAAUCAAGCAGAUACCUCUUAUUCCACAUUGAGGAGAUUACGGAGUGGGGUGAGGGGCCCAGUUGGCCUUCCCAGGACUCAGGUUCCCCUUGAUCACACCUAUGAGACGGAGGGUAGUGAACGAAGACACGGGGAGGGACAGCGCUUUGGAGCAGCACAUGUGUGGGAGAACGGGGCUAGAACUAAUGUCACAGUGAGGAAUACAAACCAAAGACUAGAGCCAAUUAGGUUACGGUCUUCAUUCAGUAGUCGCAGCCGUUCCCCAAUUCAGAGACCGGGUGGAGCUAGUCCCCGUAGUUCCCAGAGAGAAAGCAGGCCUUCCCAGCACACAAUUAGAAGGCCUGUUAGGAGAGCUGUAACCCCCGUCUUCUCGGAGCAAGAUGGAGAGCCCAGAGAUAGCCCACAGACCCCAGUCUCUAAUUCAAGACUCAUGUCGAGAAUCACUGUGGAGGAAGGAGAAGACUCCAGCAGGGCCUCAGCCAGUGUGCAACACCAUCCAACCAUCACUCUGGAUCUUCAAGUCAGAAGGAUUCGUCCUGGUGAAAGCCGAGACCGGGACAGUAUUGCAAAUAGAACUCGCUCCAGACGAGGACUAGCAGCAAACACAAUCACUCUCGAAAACAAUAGUGGGGGCUUUCGCCGAACGAUUUCCCGUUUAGAGCGGUCAGGGAUUCGAACCUAUGUUAGCACCAUAACAGUUCCUCUCCGUCGGGUGUCUCAGAGUAUGCGUGUUGAACCAUCAUCUACGGCUCUUCGGUCGAUUUUAAGGCAGAUCAUGAGUGGGUUUGGAGAACUGAGCUCUCUCAUGGAGGCCGAGGCUGAGUCAGAGAUGGAGAGGAGCGGCCAGCCUAUCGCAGAGAUGCGCUGGGACCUGAGUGACACAGUUAGCAGCCGCCAGCGGGAUGAAGGGGUUUCUCAAGACGGCGCUGGAGCACGUGGUGAAAACGGCACCCCCCAGCCGCCGGCCGCACGCAGGGACAGUCAAGGUGACCAGCCGCUGAGACCUGCUAACACUCUAGUUGACACUGGAACACUGCCUAUUCUUCGCCUUGCCCGCUUCUUUUUGCUCAAUGAAGAUGACAGUGAUGUCCGCAUGCGCGGCUUAACCAAAGAACAGAUUGACAAUCUCUCCACCCGGAACUACGAGCUCAACAGCACUGACAGCGAACUAAGCAAGGUCUGCAGCGUGUGUAUUAGUGAGUACAGGGCUGGGAACAAGCUCAGGCAGCUCCCUUGUAGGCAUGAGUUCCACAUCCACUGCAUCGACCGCUGGCUCUCCGAGAACUGCACUUGUCCCAUUUGCCGGCAGCCUGUGUUAGGUUCCGGCCUAGCCAACAACGGCUGA